ACUCGAUAGUCGCUGUUUAACGUUCGUCUUGCGUGGUUGUUUAUUAAGUUGAUUUGGAUGUCUGUUGAUUUCUUGUCGUUUUUUUUCCUUCAAUUUUACGUAAGCUACGCAAGUUAAUAAAACGGUUAAUUGAUUGAUCGAAUAUCGUGAAGCAAGUGUGCGUUAUAGCGAUUUAAUUUUUUUUAUAUUGUGGUGUGUGAAAUCAACUUUAGGAUCACAACUUUAAUGCAUUUACAACACUCGGACUGACCUUCAGCUAAUAAAUUCUGGUUGAUUAUAGUCGUGUUUUUAAUGAAACUGUGCGAAAUAAAAUACGAAAAAAAACCGAAUCAAGGAAAUGGUCGCGUGAUUUCGCCCAGACAAUAAAUUAUUGAACCUGGUCGGGGAGGCAAAAAAAAAUUAUUGAAACAAUUUGCUGUUUAAUUAAAGCGAAAAUAUUUUACCGAGUGAAUAAUAUGGAAUAUUAGUGUUGAGGACAUUUUGCUGGAAGGAAUUUUCAUCGCAAAGCUGAUAUUGAAUCCUCUUCAUCGUCUAAAACCUCACCAUCGCCCGACCAUUAAGCUUUGAUACGCCCAAUAUGGGCAUAUCGGAGGAAACGAAGAUUGAGGACGUACCUCACGAUGCCAAAUCAUUGUUGGGAAAUUUACCAGAUCGACCGGGACCGGCAACCAGUGGCGGUACAAGCAGUCCAAUAUCGGAUCAAAAUAGCGAGGGUGAUAUGGACGAAUUUGCGCCGAAGCGCAAACAGCGACGGUAUAGAACAACAUUUACCAGUUUUCAAUUGGAAGAAUUGGAGAAAGCAUUCAGUCGGACGCAUUAUCCGGAUGUGUUUACAAGGGAAGAGUUGGCUAUGAAAAUCGGCUUAACAGAGGCUAGAAUACAGGUAUGGUUCCAAAAUCGUCGAGCCAAAUGGCGCAAACAAGAGAAGGUCGGUCCGGCCGGCCAUCCAUACAAUCCGUAUUUGCCAAGCGGUGGACCGGUACCAUCAGCAACAGUUGUUGCGUCAUCACUACCACCGAACCCAUUCACGCAUUUAGGCUUUAAUUUGCGAAAACCAUUCGAUACAGCCAGUUUAGCGGCGUUCCGUUACCCACAUUUACCUGGAGGAACCGUUCUACCACCUGCUUAUUUACAUCAAUUUCACAGAGCGCCCCCAUCGCCGAUUCUACCACCUGGAGUAGGUUCAUUGUAUUCACCAAGCGCAUCAUUUCAAUCAUUGUUAGCAAAUAUAUCAGCUGCCCAACAUUCAAUGCAUCAACAACAGCAGCAGCAACAACAACAGCAACAGCAGCAGCAACAACAACAACAGCAAUCACACAAAUCGACAAGUGAUUAUCACUCUCUGGGUGCAUCACCACCACUGUCACCAUCGAUACAAUCAGCGAAUACAGCAGUCGGUUCAACAACACCGCCGGACGAUCGAAGAACUUCUUCGAUUGCAGCGCUACGUUUAAAGGCUAGAGAACAUGAACUUCGUUUGGAAAUGUUGCGACAGAAUGGUCACGGUGAUAUAAUUAGUUGAAUUUCGUUUAAUAUUCCAAGCUUUUCUCUUUCGUUAUGAGUUUCCUUUUUCGUUGUUUUUCUUUUAUUUGGUAAAAAAAAUUUCAACAUUUUUUUUUUGUGCCCUGUGUAUCCGUCCGGAUUGAUUUUGUAUGUGAAGUUAUGUGCAUGUACAAGAACAAAGAAAUGGUUUUAAUUUUUGAUUGAUUUCACUGAUCCAUUUUUCUUUUCUUUUCUUGCUAUUAUUUUUAAUGAAAAUUUUGUAUGAAAAUCAGAAGAA